CGUGUUCCCAAGCGGAUCCAUUUUCAGCGGCGAUGCGGUGGGACGACCGCCGAACGCGGAUCGCCGCCGAGCUCGGUAUCGCCUGCUGCUUCCCGGCGACCGCGCAAACGUACCUCGACGAAGACAACGCUGGUAUUGUUGGCGUCUGCGUCGCGACGCCCGAUGGCGCGGAACUCCGCGUCUUGGUGCUGGACAAGGCGACCGUCGCCUUGCCUCCGGUUGGCAUCGACGCAUUCGAGCCGCCAUCCACCACCACCGACUGCAAUCUCGAGCGCAGCCUUGAGAAGGUGCUGUGCAUACCGCGCGAGGACGGCGCCAUCCAGGUCGCUUCUUCACAGACCGGCCAGUCGCUGCAAGGGUACCUGGACAUGUUCUACAGCAACGUGGCCAUCACGCCAGCCAGCCCUGCGUGGGCCAAGCAGCUUUCACCAAGGGCAUUUCCUCCACGCUACCGCAACUUGAUCCCGCUCCUCGGCGCGUUCGAGUCGCCGACGUCCGUCUAUCUCGUCUUGCCGUACGCAGCAACGUCGCUACGUGCGCACCUCCUCGCCCUGCACCAGCCAUGUAUGGACGAAGCGCGCGACGAGCACCAGCGCUUUCUCUUGUACCAGCUCGUGCGCGGUUUCCAAACGUCCCCUGCCCUCCCGUCGGUCGACUCCGAGUGGACCGACGUGGCCGACUCGACGCAACUGCGCUUUUUCCCAAUGCAUCCGUCGCGCACCGUCGACGACAUGGACCCUCGGUCGCUCCUCGAGCGGUGGCGCGUCGGUGACGUCUCGAACCUCGACUAUCUUUUGGCGCUCAACCACGCCGCUGGUCGCUCCAUGAAGCACCGCAGCGUACACCCGGUGCUACCGUGGGUCCUCGACUUUAACGGCCAGCACCGCGAUUUGACGCAGUCCAAGUUUCGGCUCAUGAAAGGCGAUGCGCAGCUCGACCAAACGUACGCGCACACGGGCCACCAUAUUCCCGAAAACUUGUCGGAUCUCACGGUCGCCAUCUACCUCGCCCGACGCCUGCCACUGCCGCUCCUCCAGUCGAUUGUACGCGCCCGCUUCGAAGCGAAGGAGUACCCGUUGACGAUGGCGCGCAUGUACGCGUGGUCGCCCGAAGAGUGCAUUCCCGAGUUUUUCCUCGAUGCGACCAUCUUUACGUCACGGCACGACGACAUGCCGUCGCUGGACCUCCACGGCAUGACGCCCGACGCGUUCUUACAGUGCCACCGCGCCGCGCUCGAGAGCCCGCACGUCUCGCGCGACCUCCACGCGUGGAUCGACUUGAAUUUUGGCGCCAGCCUCACGGGCGACGUCGCCAUCGCGCACAAGAACGUACCGCUGCGCGGCUUUGUGCAGCUGUUUGCAGCACCGCACCCGCCGCGGCAAGUGCCCCCGACGCCAAAUGCAAGCACGAGUUGCGAGCCAAGCGCAGCGCUGUUGAGCCAGUUGACCCAGGAGGCGUAUGUGCUAGCCACGACGACCAAGUCGCAGACCGUGUCCUCCUUGCGCAAGGCGUCUGAUUCUCUCAACUCGAGUGGCCGCCGAGGCCAGCCGUCGACGUCGCUGCCAUCGUCACCGUCGAUGAGUGUGCGCUCGCAGCGGGACACUGGUAGCUUGUCGUGGAUCAAACAGCUCGAGGCGUUGGACGACGACGACGCCGGAGUGUACGACGACGCGGCGCCGGCCGAGGUGUCGGACGACGUGCGACUGUGGGCGGUGCAGCCGCCUAUUCUCCUGCGCGACGACGCGAUCGUUGGUGCAUGCGACACGUCGACCUGGACGCAGUACGAAAUACGCUUGCGUCCGAGCUACCCGAGCGAUGCGGACGCGCCAGUUCGCCUCGCGAGCUUGGCUGCCGAGGUGUACUUGCACCACGCGCUCUUCACCCCGCCGUCGUACCACGCGUAUGUGGCGCUACGUGCCGCUAACACGGCGACGGCGUCGGCGAUGCUGCUGCUGUUGCCAGCGCUGCGCCAAUUACCGCCCGUGAUGCAGGCUCUCGUGCUCUCGCUUCUCGACCCAAAGUGUCCUCGCGGCAACUUUGUUCAAAACAUACUCGAAGGCGAGAUGCACCCGACUGACGACGCUCUGUACCGCAUGGCUCGUCGAUCCCGGGCGCUCUUUGCGCCGCAGUUUGCAGCCAUCUACGACGUGCUCGAGGCAUCGCCGACGGCCGAGUCCGUUGUGGCUCUCAACGAGUUGGCGAUGCGGGUGCCGACGCCGUUGUUUGCGCUCUUGGAGCCGCUACUGGCGCCGCUUUUAAGCGACGUGGUUUCGGCCGCAGACGUCUUUUCGACGCUCGUGGCCAAGCUCGGCAAAGAGGUGUCGUUGGCUCGGUACGAAGCCCGUAUCGUGCGGCUCUACGAAGGCUGCGUCGACGACUGCGCGCGCAUUUGGCUUCUGUCGACCGCGCCGGACGGACUGCUCUGGCUUCUCUGGCAUUCGUGGGGCUCGGGUUUUCUGCUCACUCACAUGGUGCCCGUGCUUCUCGAGUGGUGGCGACGCGGCAGCCUUCACGUGCGCUUGGUUGCCGGCUUUGCACUCGCCCAGCUCGCCUCGAGCCACAUGCUUGGCACGGCCUUGGCCGAGCAGCGCAUUUUGCCAAAGAUGCUGCAUGCCAUCAGUAAGCCCAAAGUUGGCGGCUGCACGCACGACCAGGACGCGUUUUGGCGUCAGCGGCACCCGCCGCACACAACGUCCAUGGGCAUCCUUCGCAUCGCGUGUGAGCUCGGGGACUUUGUCGUCUCGGCGGUGCUUUUACCGACGCUCUACGACCUCCUGGGGGCCCAUCUUUGCGCGAUCCAGCGCGAGCCGACCAAGGCGCAUGUGGAGCUGCAGCUGGAAGUCAUCGUCGUGUCGCGCCUCUUGCGUGCGCUGCUCGACUUGGUGCACGACUUUACGGCGUCGGUGCACGCGAUGGUCGCCCUCCUCGACCGUGUCUCGCAUCAACUGCCGCCACUCCUGGCAUGGACGGGCCUCGUUGAGCUCGUGCUGGCGCUGAGCGACAAGGUCGGUCCGACGCUCACCAAGCAGAGCUUGCAGCCGUCGCUCCAGGCGUGUGUUCUCUCGAUGCACUGUCCGUCGUCGCACUUGGCGCCGUUCCCGGCCCUCGAGAGCUGGUACCUCGGUGUCGGCGCGUGGCCGCCGAUCGAGCCGCUUCCGUCCGUGCUCUUCGAAGACGUGCAUUUAGCCCUCGACCUCUCGCUGCCGCGGAAGCUUCAAGACGCGGUGCAAACCACGUGGCAGCGAAGCCUCUCUGUGCCCAAGCCCAAGCGCCACAGCCGCAAGUGGACGCAAACGCCGUCGAGUGCGUUUUGGGAGGCCUCCAGCGUGCUCAACGCCCACAACGCGAGCAUCAAGAUGCUCACGGUACUGGACGGCGACCGGUGGCUCGUGAGUGCGAGCGCCGGCGGCUCGUGCAAGCUCUGGCGGCUCAGCGACAUGCACAGCCUCGGGCAGUGGAGUGUGCACGCGGCCCCGAUCACGGGCGUCCUACAUAUGCCGAGUCUCCUCCACCACUUUGUUGUGAGCGACCGUCUCAACGUCUUUUUGUACCAGGCGCCGACGCUGCAGUGCAAGUGGCAAAUGACGUUUCCGUCGCCGAUCGUGUGCACGCCGGUGGUCGUGCUCGCAUCGAUCGUCGUUGCGCAAGAGCCACUCACGCUGCACAUUAUGCGCCCGACAACGCGUGACGCGCCGAUCGUAUGGAGCGCGCCCCGGGUCCUCGGGACGCUCUCUACUGUGGCUGCGACGACCGACAACCGGACCCUCGUGCUCGGUGGUACGUCGGGAUAUCUGUGCUUGCUCGACGCCCGCACCGGCGCCGUCCUUCGAAUGUGGAGUGCCCAUGAUGGGAGGGUGCUCAAGCUCCAGCACGGACCGCCGCACCGUCUCUGGAGCAUCGGUGCCGAUCGCAUCGCUCAUCUUUGGGACACACAGACGUGGACAACGACGGCGACCGUCGCCAACUGGCCCGAUACGACGUUGGACCACACGGUGGUGACCGCCGACGCCGACCGGCUCGUGGUCGCAUCCGGUCUGCGUAUGGCAACGCUCGCAACGACCGACGUUGUGCGUCGUCGCACGCGUCUCGAACUCGAGACGCUCUUUGAGAAACAGCGCGACGGAAAGCUUCGAACGCCCAAGUGGAGCGUGCAAGCGAUGGCCCACCUGACGCUGCGGCCGUGCCUGAUUGUCGGCAACGAUGCCGGCGCCAUCAACCUCCUUCGCACGUCGCCCUAAGACCGUCAUGUGUUGUCGUGUUGAUCAAGCUCGUUUGUUUGUUUAUGCAGUAUAUAUAUAUAUAUGUAUAUAGAGGCAGAGCGUCGACGGCUACUGCAUAAAGUUGAACGAGUCUUGUGGCGUCGUCG